UAAUAAACAUAUUUAAAGCGACCAUCGUUUUUUAGAACGCCUUGAACCAUUCUCGGGAUUGAGUUUCUGCGGUGCUAAUAGCAAUUUCUUCAUCCUUCCGACGGAUUACAUUCUCGGUUAUCGUUGCAAUUAAGGUAGGAGAUGGCGAAAAAAUCUGUGUCUGGGACAAAUGAAAAGGUCAGCAACUAUAUACAUGAUGAUAUUGUCUUCUCCAUUUUAUCAAAAUUGCCUCUUAAAUCUUUGAAGCGAUUUGGAUGUGUGCGCAAAUCAUGGUCUCUCUUAUUUGAAAACCCUCUUUUCAUGAACAUGUUCCGCAACAAUUUUUUGUCUAAAGACACUUCUUAUUGCCACAAUGCAUCUUUCCUCCUACAACGGCGGAUACCAAACAUAUUCGCAAAUGACUUGCAUUCUCUUUCUGGUGAGAGAUUUGAGAAUAGGGUCGAAUUAAAUUUACCAGAUCCGUUUCAAGAUGAUGAUCUCUGCCGUCUCUAUCUGUUUGAUAUUUUAAAUGUGAGCAGUACUAAUGAAUUCAUUUGUGUCUGUUGUCAUCUUCGUGAUAAAAGAUUUGCUCUAAAUGUUAUUCCUCGACGCCCCCUACGGAGGAUUAGGUUUGGUAAUAGAUUUGCACUAUGGAAUCCAACUACGGAUGAAUUCAAGGUUAUUCCUCAAAGCCCAGCUCAGUUUAAACCGUUUGCUACAAAUGUUAGUCAUGAUGUGAUUAAUUUUAAUGCGGGCAGUUUUGUUUAUGGAUUUGGCUACGACCGUGUUAUACAUGACUACAAGGUGCUUCAUCAAGUCCAAUUUUCAGCCCCACUGUUGUUUCCGGACAGUGGUUAUGUGCCAUUGGAAAAUAUAUCUUUAGAACCUGUAUGGGAGAUAUAUAGCUUAAGAAGCAACUCUUGGAGAAAACUUGAUAUCGUUAUGCCUACAACUGGCGGGUUUGAUAAUGAAGCCAGAGUGUCCAUUGAUGGAGUGUGUCAUUGGUGGUCCUGGGACAAUACUGGAUCGUUUUUGGUGUCGUUUGACUUGAGCAAUGAGGUGUUUUGUACCACACCCAUACCCGCAGACAUAGGUAAUAAUUUUGAUAAUGGAUGCUUAUGGAGACAUUUGGUGGUAUUAAAUGGAUCCAUUGCCUUGGUCACAUAUCAAACACAGAUGACUCUCUUUAACAUAUCAAUUUUGGGUGAAUUAAGUGUGAAGGAAUCAUGGAUCAAACUGUUCAUUGUUGGGCCAUUGCCUUGCAUUGAGUUUCCUUUUGGAGUGGUAAAGGGCAAAAUAUUUUUUGUAAGAGAAGACAAAGAAAUAGCUUGGUUUGACUUAAGUACACAAAUGAUUGAGGAGCUUGGUGUUAAAGCCGAAAGUGGUAUUAAUUGCCAUAUAGUAAUUUACUGGAAAAACUUUCUUCCCAUUGAUGGAAUAAAUAAAUAAUUGUUUUUCUAGUUUUCACCUAGAGGUGUAUGAUUAAGGUUUAUUGGAAUAUGACAUUGCAUGUAUACAAACUGAUGUGGUUUGAAUGUCAAUUAGAAUAAUCUUUUGUCUUUUACUAAAUCACCUAUAGAUUUAUGUAAAAAUAUCUAUGCUUUUGUGUUUAAUUUUGUGCUUUAUUUUUUCUUUUGCAUUUCAAAUCCAUAAACUCAAUGUGUUCAAGCUUUAUGGCACGGUUCAAACCAGUUAAUCUUCGUUACUGUGGUUUCACAAAUGAGAAGGCAAAGGUACGGAGCCAAUUACAUAUACUACUGAUAUUUUCUUCUCUAAUAUUCAAUCAAAAUUUUAUAUUAAAUCUUUGAAA